AAAUAAUUUGAGUAGCCAAAAUGUCUGACGAUGGAAGCGAAGAAUUUCCCGAAGAGGGAACCAACUUAGGAACAUACGAGGGAGAUAGAAAUGAGGCCGAUGAGAGACACGGACGAGGAAAGGCCGUACUACCAAAUGGAGACACAUAUGAGGGAGAAUACCAGCAUGGCAUGAGGCACGGCAAGGGAACAUAUCGAUUUAAAAAUGGUGCUCGUUAUAUCGGAGAUUACGCGAAAAACAAGAAACAAGGCCUCGGUGAGUUUAUUUACCCCGAUGGUUCUAAGUACGAGGGAAACUGGCAAGAUGACCUGAGAAACGGUCACGGAAAGUACACUUACGUCAACGGUGAUACAUAUGAGGGAGAAUGGAACAAUCACGUCAGACAUGGACAGGGCAAGUACACGUACCAAGCCACUGCGUCACAAUACAUCGGAACGUGGAAGGACGGUAAGAGAGAGGGCGGUGGUGAAUGGAUACACAACAAUCACAAAUACGUGGGAGGAUUCGCGAACGAUCAGCCUCACGGGGAAGGAAAAUACGUGUUCCAACACGUGGGAUGUGAACAGAGAGGAGAGUACGUUACUCACGAGCUGCCCCAGAGUAAUGAGGAGGAGGAGGAAGAACCCACAAUUAUAACUGUCGCUAAAUGGAAGAGCAAAACGAUCCAUCCUCUUAUCAGCGCUUAGAUAAAAACAGGACUUACUUUCUCAGUCGACAGACCUUAACUCACCACAUCUCAGCUCAUUAAUCUUUAAUUUAUUUCGUUCCCAUCAGAAAUAUGAAAUGUUGUCACAAAGUGUGUUGGGGGGGGGGGGGGGGGGGGACCCCACAGAGUGUACCUUGCCUGUGGGGGAGGGAUUUUGUAUCAUCUCAGAAUGCUGGAAUUAUUAUCUAUAAUCUAUGAGCCUAAAUAGUGAACCAUAUUUUACUGGAUAUUGGGCCAGUUACAGUGAACGUUUUUUUUGUUAAGUGUGAGUUUUGAUGUUUUUCAUUUGUUCUCUUGGUCAGAUAACGUCUUCAACCAACUGUUACGCCUCUACUUUCAUUAUGGCUUGUUUUCCGAAUCUAAUACUCAUUUGAUGUCAGGUAGCCAAAAGUCUUGUCUUUUCCGUCAAUAUUGAUAUAAAUUGUUUGUAAAUACAUGUAAAUACCGAAAAACUGCUAAAAUUAUGAAAAUUAA